AUGGGGUUUUUGACAACUAAUUUCAUUGUCCAUAUUAUUCGCGUUAUUCUUACCCGUUGUCUGAAUGAUUCGCUGCGAGAGAUGGUGUUUGUGGGCGUCGUUGUCGUCGACUUGGAUCCGCUGGUCGUGUUGUCACCCGUGGCUGAAGUCGGCGAAUGUGUUGUCCCUCCGCUGUGUCAAUGUAGCAAACGGAAGACCGCGCCGUCCUAUCGUAAGCGCAGUGAUCCCGCGCUCACCACUACACAGACCAACACUCUGGCCAACAACACACUGACGCACGACCCGAACGCCUCGCCGGGAGUGGCCGGAGGUUCGCCGACCACAUCGUCGCCAGAGAAAUGGGCCAUCAGUUCGUCGGAGGACGAGGACGACCAAAGUCAGAGCGACGCCUACCAACACGGGGGCGCCGGUACGCCCACUAACAACAACAACAACACCUCUCCCGGCGGAACACCGCAGCACACCGUGGAUGAGGACACACCGCCACCUCUGCCGCCCCGACCGCCGUCCGAAAAGCGCAAACAGAUUCGCAACGAAAUCAUUGAGUCCGAAGAGAGUCACGUCGAACGGCUUAAGUUCAUUCAUCACGUCUUCUACAAACCCCUCCAAAAGGAUGGCUUAUUAACGGCCGACCAGUUGUCCGCCGUCUUCUCCAACACCAAGCGAUUGAUGAAAGUCCACAACAGGAUCUGCAAAAUGCUUAACGCGACCAACAAAUCAUUUGAACAAUUAGUUUGUGAUAUAUUCUGCGGUCCGUUGGGAAACCAAUUGGAGGCCGAGGCGAGUGUGUUCUGCACGCGAACUCUCAACGGUAUGGACACGUGGAGGGCCCGCAAGAAGGACUCACGACUCAAGAACUUUCUCGACCCCGAACUCCGCACGAAAGGCAUUCCCGACUGCUCUCUCGCCAGACUAUCGCUCGAAGACCUGUUGGCCGGUCUGUUCCAGAGGCCACUCCGCUAUCCGCUCCUAUUGGACCGCUUACUACAGGCCACGCCAUCCGAUUCCAUAGAGUACGAGCAGAUCGCCCGAGCGCUGGCCCGGAGUCGAGACAUCGCCUCCCGUGUGAACGAAGAGACCCGAAAGGCUGAGUCCAAACAGCGCCUGUCGGUCAUCAAAAGCAAGACAGACAUCGCGGGCCCGAACCUGACGCUAGACUUCAACGACCAGAACCUGUUAUACGAGGGACCGCUCACGUGGCGGAUCACCAAACAGAAAGAGGUUCACGUCUGGCUAAUACUGACCGAUCGGAUACUAGUAAUACUGACCCGCGACUCGUCCAGUGAUAAUAAGUUUACGCUGAAGAACCACACGAACCCCUCCGUGAAGAACAACAUGAUGAACAACAAGACACAGCACUCGCCGAUCGUACUCCUGCACGACCUGUUCACCCGAGACGUGGCCACUGACCAGAACUCAUUCUUUCUCAUAUCGACAGAUCAGGACGUGUUCUACGAAUUCGCGGCCAAUAAUCCAAACGAGAAGAAACAGUGGAAGGAAUCGAUAUCCAAAGCGAACAAAACUUCGCUAAACAAACAGCACGUCAUAAAACUCAAAGACUUAACGUCUCAGCCCUCGGCUGAGGAAGAGAUUAAACCCAAAGAUGAAGAGUUAGAGCCCGAACGGCCCGACACGGAGGACGUCUCGGCAACCGUCGUGGUCGCCGGCGCUGCCGCCGCUCUGACCACUGAUGACCAAAACAAUAACAGUAACGCAGCGCCAGAGGAGUCACAACCGGUAGCGGGCGGUGAAGAGACCAACGAAUCGCAGUCCACACAAACGCCCCGACAGUCACGAGUCGAGGGAAUCAUACGGUAUGUGCGCGAAGACGAGGUUCGGCCACAACUCAUAUCACCGACUCGUGUGACGAUAUCGUCGGAGAACUUUGCCGAAGCGCUGGCCGUCCACUCACCCGAACACCGCAUCAAAGAGAUCGACGAUUCGGUUCGGCAUCUGUUGAAUGAGAAGCGAAGUAUAUUAGCGAAGAUGAGAGGUAUCAAAGAUCAAUACGAGUGGACAGUAGUGAGCGAUUUGGGCGAACACGACGAGGUGUCGAGUGCGGCUCGAGAGGUGACAUUCUUCGAUAGAGCGAUGUCUUUAGUGUCAACGCUGGGAACGACUGGUCUGACGGCCAACUCGUACGCGCCAUUGGUUAGCCUACGCGACCAAAUCGACGCACUUCUGGCGCGACUCACUCUCAGCCAAAUGGACUCGAGAGCGGUGGCCGACGGCGCCGGCGGUCACGACGACAGCGGACGGUAUUUGGGGGCCAAUGAGAGCAGCGACGAGACGGCCGUUUACUUCUAGACAUUACACACAAUUGUAGUCCAACUUUAUAUAUCUGUAAAUAGACUUUAUUUUAUUUGUUGUUAUAAUUAAUUAAAAAUAAUUUCAUGCAAAACAAAGAGUAAAAUCAAAUAAAAUGCGAAAUAUGUUUAUUUGUUCACAAAA